AAGGGGAAGUAUUCAAAUUCGGUUCUCCGUAAUUGUAAGUAAGCGUUGCAUACGCAUGUGUACAGUGAGAGUGGAGAAGCGCGCUGUCAGUCAAGCGCGCUGUGUGGGGCGGUCUCUGCUCAGAGAUGUCUGAAUAUGUCAAGAAUCACUUCAGUCGCCGCACGCUUUCAAACAGCACUCCUUCUCGUUCAGUGCCGCUGCGAGGGAAGAGUUUCGUAUUUGCCGUUUAGCUUCAAAAGAUUAUGAGGAAUUCCUUUGCGAUUGCCGUGCGUAACGAGCCUGCAGUGCACGGGGUGAAAGAAGAACAGCUGGAGCGCUGUCCGGGGUCCUGAAGUCAAGAAGCCAGAGGUGCUGAAGAGAGCACAGGCAUUCACAGCGGACUGUAUGUCUAUGCCAAUCAAGCUUUGAGAUGACUCGGAAAAGGCUGCGUUCUGUGGCUGUCUGGGGAUUUACCGCGUGGCAAAUAGGAAUUCUGUUGAGUUUGGUAGCAUCAAAAAAACCAGAAAACCCUCAAGGAGAAAAAGCAUCAUCACCCUCUGACUUCCUUGACAAGCUCAUGGGAAGAACCUCAGGAUACGAUGCCAGAAUUAGGCCCAACUUUAAAGGUCCGCCUGUGAAUGUAACAUGCAACAUAUUCAUUAACAGUUUUGGCUCCAUUGCAGAGACAACUAUGGAUUACAGAGUGAACAUAUUUCUCCGGCAGCAGUGGAACGACCCUCGGUUAGCUUACAGCGAGUACCCAGAUGACUCCCUGGACCUGGAUCCCUCAAUGUUAGACUCCAUUUGGAAGCCUGAUCUGUUCUUCGCCAACGAGAAGGGAGCGCACUUCCACGAGGUCACCACUGAUAACAAGCUCUUGAGAAUAUUCAAGAACGGAAAUGUCCUCUAUUCAAUCAGACUGACUUUGACGCUCUCAUGUCCGAUGGAUCUGAAGAAUUUCCCCAUGGAUGUGCAGACGUGCAUAAUGCAGCUGGAGAGUUUUGGUUACACAAUGAAUGACCUGAUCUUUGAGUGGCAAGAGAAGGGACCUGUACAGGUGGCUGAAGGUUUAACGCUCCCACAGUUCAUCCUCAAGGAAGAAUCUGAUUUAAGAUACUGCACCAAGCACUACAACACAGGCAAGUUCACAUGCAUCGAAGUACGUUUUCACCUGGAAAGACAGAUGGGUUACUACCUGAUCCAGAUGUACAUUCCCAGCCUGCUCAUUGUCAUCCUGUCCUGGGUCUCCUUCUGGAUCAACAUGGAUGCCGCUCCUGCCCGUGUUGCCCUGGGAAUCACCACAGUGCUCACGAUGACGACUCAGAGCUCUGGAUCCAGGACAUCUUUACCUAAGGUGUCUUACGUGAAGGCAAUUGAUAUCUGGAUGGCUGUGUGCUUGUUAUUUGUCUUCUCUGCCCUGUUGGAGUAUGCUGCAGUCAACUUUGUUUCACGGCAACACAAAGAACUCUUACGUUUCCGACGGAAAAGGAAGAAGUCUGGCAAGACUUUCGAUCAAACAUUUGACGAGGAGCUUACCGAGCCAUUGCGUCGUAUCAAUGGCCUACGCAGCGCAGAGCCAGUUUACGGAUCAAUGGCCCAACUCGACGAAUCCUGUGACAGGGAGGAGGAUGUGCGGGAGAGCCGGCUGAGCUUCACGCCCAACGCAGGGAAAGACGGAGCCGUGCCCAAAGCUGCUAAUAAUGCAGCCCCGACACCCCCUGACCCAGCCCUUACCGCCGGCAAGAGUCACGAGGAGAUGAGAAAACUCUUCAUCGACCGAGCCAAGAAGAUCGACACUGUGUCCCGUGCCGGAUUCCCACUGGCCUUCCUGUUUUUCAAUAUUUUCUAUUGGGUUCUUUACAAAAUCCUGCGUCACGAGGACGUGCACAAACCGUAGACGGAACGUGGCGCGCUGCACCUCGGAAGGUACGGUAGUAACACAGCAAUGAACUCUGAUGUUAUUACUGGAGCGCAACAUUUCCUGCCAAGAUCUAUGCUAAAAUGACUAUGAAAAACUGUGACGUCGAGGACCGGUGAUUAACUUAUAGUUUGUUUGUGUUGUACACCCAUACGAAGACACUGCACUCACUAUGCAAUGGAUAGGCAUCCGUAGGGCCUCCGACACACCUGUCCCGCAACAGAAGCGGUCAGCACUUUUACACUAUAUUUGACACAGAAGCACAGUGCGAUACUGACUACAGCCCCUCAUAGUGACAGAUGUGUGUGUCUUGCACUGGUUUUGUCGACUUUUGUCUUACAGCUUUACUGCCAAUGUUCUGUGUUGUAUUUUUGAUAUACAGCUAUUGAGAAAUGGCAAGAGCGCAAGAGCAGAAACGCAUAUCAUGCAGAUGUCCAAACGCAAACUACUAACGUCGAUUAUUUUAUAAGGAAGAGCUGACUAGUUUUUAUUAGCACUUAGUCAGCGUAAUGCGUCUUCGAUCAUUUUGUCCCAACCUGAUUGUCGACCAGCUCUAGAAACCAGCAUCCAGGCCAAAAACAUUCUGAGCUAAAUCUCAAGAAUGACACCGAACCAGCAAAGAAGACUAUCGUUGUUUACAGCUAGCCUCUACGUUGACAUCAACCGCUUCAGAGAAAACACAUUUUGAAAACGGUAAUGGGCAGCGUACUGUCAGUAACCAUAAAAUAAAUCGAAACCAUCCUUCAAGUUUUUCUCAAACAAAAGCGUUAUUGUUCGAAAACCAUCGCCAGUUACUUCAAACUAAUGAUGCCACCGCAAGAUAAUGUCCCACAUGUGUUGCAAAUUCAUGAAUGGAGAAAUGAAUUCAAAGAGGGCUUGUCGGGACAAUGUGUUGCAGUCCACAAAACAUAUUAAUGCAGAAAAAUAAUAAAUGAGAUUCAUAAUUAAGUACACGAUUUGAGUGGUUUUAAACGAAUCUAAUUGCAUGUAUGGUGAUUGUAUAACUAUGAAUUCUGAAUAGACGUUAUCGAAUUAUACUAAAAGGGAAUGAUUCAUUCUGCCUCUGAAGGUAUCCCUAAGGUACUGCAAAUAUAUUCAAAAACAUGGGGAAAAUUUUACUUGAUAUUUAUCCACGUCAUCAGUAUUUAUUUACACAUAUAAACUCAGUUCAAAUACUGGGACUAGACUUACUUAGACCAUUUAUUUAUUUUUUGCGUCUUUUCUUUUCAAGAUUAUCUGCUGAAAUACCGUGCCACGCGAACGAUCAAAGCAUAUCUAGUCUCACACAUUCCUAAGAGUAAACAGAGCAGUGCUGCCGUGUUUUGAACACUUAACAUCAGUAUCUGGCACACACCUUCAUCACGGAAAGGACACGAGACGUUCAUGGACAUUUACAGUAUAAUGCAAGAGCAUUUGUAAUUUAUUUUGUACAAACAUUAUUAAAUGUUAUGCAUGAACUCGAGUCUGUUAUACUUCAUUUUCAGUGUGACCCGGACCAGCAGUCAACAUUCCCGCUGCUGUUACAAGGCGAGGCGCGCGUGUUCUUCUGCGUGCAUCUGUAAAUACUUCCGGCCACACUUUACUUUACAGUGUCCGUGUUGCACAAGAACGUAUAGCUAAUGGAAUGGGUUUUUAAUACUAACGAAACGCAUACAGAUCUUACCUUUAUUUUCAAUUGGUCGGUAAUUGGGUUGCGUUAACAUAAACGCUGUAAUGUAAAGUGUAAAGUUCUUUUCAUAUGUUUUCUGAAGAGCCCUCUGAGAAAGACUGAAAAAAAAAAUAAAGAUGUUUAUAAAAGCAUCCUUUGUCUCUUGUUCAUUUAGGUGCGUUCAUUCGCUCGCUCCGCUUGUGUGUACUUGCUCACUGCUCGGCUGCCGCCG